CGCUUCAGAUGUCGGACCGGUCUGAUGUAACACCGACUAGUUUCACUUGACAUCGUAAUUAAAAUCCAACGAAAUUAUUUACAUUCAUCCGAUCAGGAAUCAAACCAAGAUAAAGUUUUUUUAUUUAAUUAAAACAGCUGCAGUAAAUGUAAAAAAAGUUUCUUCAGUUAAUCUAUAGUUAAAUGAUGUAAAUGUUUUAUUUAUUUUUUCCCGUAUUUCAUUCGGACAUUAAUCAUGAAAGAAAAUAGGUAAAAUAUCUUUGUGCGUGACUUGAAUAAACCAGUAGGGAAAAUUACGUUAUUGAUAUCAUAAUUUACAUUUGUAUCUAUAUUUAUUACAACAAAUAAAAUAAAAUAAAAUAAUGGUAGAGCUCGUGAAAUUUAUAGGAUAUUAAAAACCUAUUCAGCCGGUAUUUUAUUUGCUUAUUAUUUGUAAACAUGGUGGUUGAUUGCAGUGCCCAUCGUUAUAUCACUCGUUCGAACGUGCAGUGAAUCAACGGAACAGAAAUAAUAAUAAAAACUGUAACGUGCAGUGCAACAAGCGAACCUUACUAUUACAGUUGAUAUAAUUUAUCAUAUAGCAAAAUAUAGUGCUAAUAUCUUAUAGCUAGUGGGUACGAAGAUUAAAUCUUCUCAGGUGCUUUUAGGAUAUUAAAUAAAGGAAGCUUAUCCACAAUGGACAGUCUGGAUGCCAUUGAAAACGCCAACAGCGAUGACAACGAAACGCACGAGGAAACAACCAGAAAUGUGGGUCAGGAAGAAACAUCAAGUGAAUUGCAACAUCACCUACAGACAGACACGGAAUAUUCUGCGAGGUACUUCAGAAAAGAAUCGAGAAAUGAGAAGUUAAUCCUCUACCUAAUUAAUCGGGAUCUGAUAGUGAACAAUGGUAAAAUAGAUAAGCUGUUUGGCGUAAUAAAAGCUGAUUCAGAAUACAUUAAAAACAAACGGGUGUACGGACAAGUCACUUUGACCUUCCGAUAUGGACGAGAGGAUGAAGAGUACAUGGGAAUAAAAUUUUGCACCGAGGCAAUAAUCUGCUUCGCCCAACUGUAUUCUCCAUGUUCUGACUCGGAUCACCAAGAGCCAUCGACAGCUCUACAGGAUCUUAUAAUUAGAAAAGAAGGACCUACAGCUCAUGCAUUUUCCCUGGAAAUACCAUCGGUAGCACCACCUUCUGUUCAUCUUCACCCGGCUAAAGAGUACAAUGGCGCGCCCAUUGGCACCAGUUAUCUUGUUACGAUUUAUGCUGCUGAACGAACGGACAAAAAAGUAGACCCUGGUUCAGAAGUUAGAAUGGAAAUAAACGUAAUACUCCGUACAAAUUCACCACCUGUACCGCUGAGUAAUCUCUCUUCGGUUUCACCACCAGCAACAAUUCAAUCUGACUGCAAUCCGCACAAGACACAAAUACUUGGGAGCGAGAAUGAAGUUGUUGAGUGUGACAAGUUCCAACCUCCCCACGCAGUUGUAGAGAAGCGAUUUCUGCUAAACCCCGGGUCAAUACGCCUAGAGGUGCAUCUAGACCGCGCUAAUUAUACUCACGGAGAGGAUGUACAAGUCCACGUAACUGUGAAUAAUGAUAGUCACAAGUCCGUAAGGAGGAUUGAGAUCCUAUUACUGCAACAUGUUGACGUCUGCAUGUACAAGCACGGUAAGUUCAAAAACGUUGUGGGAGCUGAAUCAGAACGUGAAAACUGUCCCCUGGCUCCUGGGGCAAAAUUUUCAAAAACUUACAGCCUAAAGCCGGCGUUGAUCUCAACGAAAAACUGGAUCGCCCUUGAGUAUAAUUACACGAAAAAAGAAAAAGAAAAAUGUCUUGCAUCGACGAUUAUUUCUCCAGUAUACAAUGAAGAAGACAGAAAUCCUUAUGCCAUAAAUGUCUCCUACUAUGUACAAGUAAAACUUCUGGUAUCGCUGAUGUGUAACGUAGUGUCUGUGAAGCUGCCUUUUACGUUAAUGCGACCGGAUCCAGAUCCAGAAUUAUCGACUUUUUCCCCGCCACUACCACUAAAGAGCCCACCGGUAGAAACUUCAAACGCAAAUAGCGGAGGCGAAGAUAAAAAAAAGCCGCUCGCAGUGAUGGAAACAUCUAUUCAGGCUAACGGGAACAAAGUUACUACUGCGUUGGUGCAAGUCAAGCAAAUUGCUGACGUGAAUCUUAAAGAGAACAAUAAGCUCUUUGAAAGCACCUGAGACCGGGUUAAAGCUAACGCUGUCGUAAGCCAGCCUCGUAAUAUUAAUUCGAAUAAUAAUAAAAGUAUUCAAAGUACUGCUGUGAGAACUCUCGGUAGUACUACUAAUCACAGAGAUUGCGACGAAGGUUUCAGUAUACAAAGAGCUUGUUUCUGCUUUCGACGAGCCUCCUAGUGUAUAUUAAUUGGUGUAUAAAUUUAAUUAACUUUUAUGUAAAAAGUUUAUUGUAAUUAUAACUAAAAGAGUCAAUUUUAUCGUUAGGAUUAUUAUUCCCGAGAUAUUUUCACGAUAGUGAGACGAGUAGAGUGUAAGUGACUGUUGUGCGGGAAAGUCGGGAUCGAUUCUCGGUCCCGGUAAAAUUUUAAACUCGGAUAUUUUUUCACUGUAAGAAUGAUUGUCUAUUUUAGUUCUGUAAAUUUGAAAAUUUCAGUGGAAAUUUUAAUCUGAGAGUAGAACUGAAAAUAUUUUAGAGAAUAUUGCGAGUCUUGUAGAAAUUUUUAAGACUACACAGAAAGAACAAGAUUACACUGGA